AAAAUCCCCCGUUAACCCUCUCUCCUGCUGGUACCAGCUGGUACCGGCUGGUACCGGGUCCGGACCGGAGCGGGACUGCAGGGACCAGAACCAGAACCAGAACCAGAACCAGAACCAGCACCGGCUGCAGAACCCGGAUCUCCAGAACCCGGAUCUCCUCGGACCUCCUCACCUCCUGGAAGCAUGAGCGCCUACAUGGUGACGCUGCCCGGACCCGGGCCCUGGGGCUUCCGGCUGCAGGGGGGGAAGGACUUCAACAUGCCGCUCACCAUCUCCAAGAUCACGCCAGGCAGCAAGGCGGCGCAGGGAAACCUGAUCCCGGGGGACGUGAUCGUGGCCAUCGAGGGCGUCGGCACCGACGGCAUGACCCACCUGGAGGCCCAGAACAGGAUCAAGAUGGCCUACCACAGCCUGGCGCUCACCAUGACCAAGUCCAAACGUCCCAUGGUUGUUCCAACGCCGAGGAUGGACGCUGCCAUUCCCAUGAUCCCCCACCAGCAGGCGGUGCAGGUAAACGGCCGGCCGCCGGCCUGCAAUGCCUCCUCCGGCCCAGUAGAGGGCGACUCUCCCGGGAGGAGGGCAGCACCGGCCGGCCCCCCCCAGAGGAGGCAGUAUAACACCCCCAUCGGACUCUACUCAGAGGAGACUCUGAGAGAGAUGGCAGACAUGCAGGCGGGUCGGCCUAGCGGUCCGUCCCCAGGUAGAGAGCGGCUGGUUGACAGCGCCGUCUACCAGGCUGUCUUGAACUCCGAGAAGGACCUGAACCUGGACCGGGACCGGGACCUGGACCUGGACCUGGACCGGGACCCGGGCCACCGCGGCGCCAGCAUGCAGUCCAAGUCCUUCAGGGCCCUGGCCCACGUGACCCAGACCGAGUCGGCACGGCAGCAGGACGAGGACGAGGGGAUGAAGAGGACCAGCCAGUACGAACAACCGCCAGCAGCCAUGUACCCGGGUCCACAGGCCCCGCCCACGCAGCAGUACCAGCCAAUGCCGCAGCAGCAGUACCAGCCGAUGCAACAGCAGUACCAGCCGAUGCCGCAGCAGCAGUACCAGCAGCCAAUGCCGCAGCAGUACCAGCAGCCAAUGCCGCAGCAGUACCAGCAGCCGCCCAUGCAGCAAGCCCCGCCCACCCAGCAGAGCUCCAUCCAGAUCCCGGUCGGGUCUGGAACCCCCAAGGUCGUCAGCACCGCCUGCAUCUACCCCUCCCAGCCAGCUCCAGGGCCCCCCCAGCCCCGGCCCCCGGCCGGUCCCCCCCCGGCCUCGGCCCCCGAUGCCUCCAACCGCCCCCCCUGGGUCACCGACACCAACUUCGCCGAGAAGUUUGAUGCCGGCAAGACGACCACGUCCAUGAAGGUGCAGGCACUGCCGCAGGCCGCCCCCCCGCCGCCGGCCUACAUCCCCAACCGCACCCCCAUGGGUGGCCCCGGGGGGCCCAGCCCCGCCCCCAUGAACCCCAGCCCCGCCCCCACCCACCACAGCCCCGCCCCGUUCAUGCCCGUGGCCCGGGGCGUGGCCCAGCGGGCGGAGCGCUUCGCCGCCAGCAGCCGGACCCCCCUGUGCGGCGCCUGCAACAGCGUGAUCCGGGGCCCCUUCCUGGUGGCCCUGGGCCGCUCCUGGCACCCCGAGGAGUUCGAAUGCCACUACUGCCACGUCUCGCUGGCCGACGUCAGCUUCGUGGAGGAGCAGAACAACGUCUACUGCGAGAACUGCUACGAGGAGUUCUUCGCCCCGACCUGCGCCCGCUGCAGCACCAAGAUCAUGGGGGAGGUGAUGCACGCCCUGCGGCAGACGUGGCACACCACCUGCUUCGUGUGCGCCGCAUGCGGACAAGCCUUUGGAAACAGCAUGUUCCACAUGGAGGACGGAGAGCCGUACUGCGAGAAAGAUUACAUCUCUCUCUUCAGUACGAAGUGUCACGGCUGUGAUUUCCCGGUGGAAGCGGGAGACAAGUUCAUCGAGGCUCUGGGUCACACCUGGCACGACACCUGCUUCGUCUGCGCGGUCUGCCACGUGAACCUGGAGGGCCACCCCUUCUACUCCAAGAAGGACAAGCCCCUGUGCAAGAAGCACGCCCAUGCCAUCAACGUGUAGCCCGGAGGCCAUGCCCACUCUUCUCCACGUUAGCGCUCGUCCGGCUCCGGCCGCCGCCGCGCUCACCGACGUCCAUGUUUGACUCCACGCCGCCUGACGACGCUGCUUCCCAACAGGAAGUGGCGCCGCCGUCUCACCUGAACUGUUUGUUGUCCACGCGACCGCGAUGGAGCUACAGACCCAAACACUAUUUAUUUUAGCCUUUUUGGUGUUUGAUUAUAAUCGAUCGGGAGAAAUCUCUGACUCUUCCGACUUUCACGUGAUCGAGCUACACACAUGUGCCUGUUUGAACCUUUUGAAACGGUAGUUUAUGGUAUUUAUUUCACAUUAUAGUCAUGUUGUAAUAAUAUUUGAAUAUUUCAAGCCCCGUCUGCAGCAGCAGCACCAACUCCGGCCACACGGGGGCAGCAUAUCAUUAUCAUCACCAUAUCAUCAGCAUAUUGAAUGACCUCGGCUCCUCUGCUGGGUAUCAGGAGUGUAGCACCCCAUAAUGUAAUCAUUUCCUGAAAAUGUAAUAAAAUCUGCACUUAACUCAAUCGAAAAUGUAAUAAAAUCCAAUAAUGUAAUAACUUCACCAAUAAUGUAAUAAAAUAUCCUGACUGAUAUUGUAAUAACAUUUUUACCAAUAAUGCAAUACCUCAUUACAUUAUUGGGAAUUUAUUACAUUUUCAGGUGGGUCUUUUUGUUUUUUUUCCAAAACUGAUAAUACUUGACAAAUAAUGUAAUAUAUAUGUUCAUUUUCAGUCCAGAGUUCUAUAUUUUGUGUUUUAAGUAUCUAAGAAUGUUUUAUACGCUGGAUUUAAAACACCAGAAUGACUAUUGGGUUAAAUUGCAGACUUUGAGUAGCAUGUAAUAAAUUCCCAAUAAUGUAUUAAUAUAAUGCAACAUAUUGCAUAACAUAUAUUGCAAUAAUGCAAUAAUGUAACAAGGUAUUACAUUAUCGGUAAAAAUGUUAUUACAAUAUCAGUCAGGAUAUUUUAUUACAUUAUUGGUGAAGUCAUUACAUUAUUGGGUUUUAUUACAUUUUCAAUUGAGUUAAGUGCAAAUUUUAUUACAUUUUCAGGCGUUAUUACAUUUUCAGGAAAUUAUUACAUUAUAGGAGCUACAAGGAGGCGAGCCGGACCGUCCCGACUCAUCAACGCGGCAUCGUCCGAUGCUUUGGUCAGCACCGACGCCCCCCAGUGGCCGGCGGCGGCGCUGCUGCAGCGACCGGCCUUGAAGAUUAAGUUCCACCGAAGCAGCAGGUCGAUCUCUGACAUCUUAGGCUGCAAGAAUCGUCGUUGUUCGUCGUCUUCUCUGAGAGCCGGGAUGAGGGUCGCAAAAGGGGGCGGGGCGUUUCCUCCCGACGCCCAGAAAACGCAGGAAGUCCUGGAAAUUUGGACAUUUCCCACUUUUAGUCUUUUUGUCCGACAGAAACGAGGUUAGCUAGGUUGGCUACCCCGCCACCGCAAGCCAGCGGAACCGCACACAGUUGCAGGACAGUUUCAAAGGACUCGGCUUAUUUGAUUGGUUGUUUAUGACGUCAGAAGCUCCGCCCCUGGAGUCCAUGAGGGAUUUCUGUUUCCAUCAUGCAGAAACACACCAACGUCUGGUUAUACGUCACUAAGACGUUAGCAGAGACGUAACUGACGUUAGCAGAGACGUAACUGACGUUAGCAGAGACGUAACUGACGUUAGCAGAGACGUAACUGACGUUAGCAGAGAUGUAACUGACGUUAGCAGAGACGUAACUGACGUUUGCAGAGACGUAACUGACGUUAGCAGAGACGUAACUGAUGUAACUGACGUUAGCAGAGACGUAACUGACGUUAGCAGAGACGUAACUGACGUUAGCAGAGACGUAACUGAUGUAACUGACGUUAGCAGAGACGUAACUGACGUUAGCAGAGAUGUAACUGAUGUUAGCAGAGACGUAACUGACGUUAGCAGAGACGUAACUGACGUUAGCAGAGACGUAACUGACGUUAGCAGAGACGUAACUGACGUUAGCAGAGACGUAACUGACGUUUGCAGAGACGUAACUGACGUUAGCAGAGACGUAACAGAUGUAACUGACGUUAGCAGAGACGUAACUGACGUUAGCAGAGAUGUAACUGACGUUAGCAGAGACGUAACUGACGUUAGCAGAGACGUAACUGACGUUUGCAGAGACGUAACUGACGUUAGCAGAGACGUAACUGACGUUAGCAGAGAUGUAACUGACGUUAGCAGAGACGUAACUGACGUUAGCAGAGACGUAACUGACGUUUGCAGAGACGUAACUGACGUUAGCAGAGACGUAACUGAUGUAACUGACGUUAGCAGAGACGUAACUGACGUUAGCAGAGACGUAACUGACGUUAGCAGAGACGUAACUGACGUUAGCAGAGACGUAACUGAGCUCUGGAACCGGUUUGGUGGAAAAGCGCUACGUGUCACCUGGACGGUUUGUUACAGGAACAACGUUUGAGACAGUUGAGGUUCUUCAGGUGACAUUCAGCGUGUUUUAGCCUCGUGCCUUAGCGCUGGCAGCUCCACCCCCUUUUGGAGGCCCCUCCCCUUUUUGGUGGCUCCGCCCAGUUUUGGAGGCUCCGCCCCGUUUUGGCGCCGACCCUCAUCCCCGCUCCGACCGGCCCGCGACCGCCGCCGGUGUACAGUUUCUACUCCCCGUUGCUCUUUUAUACCGUUUGUUUUUCCAACGUGUGCAUGAAGAGUUUGACCCGACCCACCGCUAGUUCACCCGCCACUAGCUCCGGGUCGAUACCAGUUGCUGUAUUUCACUUGUUUAACGGCUUUUGAACGUGUGAUUGCUGGUUUUUUGCCGCCUGAAUAAACACUUGAAAACACUGA